AAAAAAAAUGGGCGUCUUGAGCGCGGUCCACAGCCCACCCGUCAUCAGCUCUCCAUUCUUGUCGCCUCAUCUUUGGUUCCUCAUUCACAUUCCCAGCAUAUUCUACCUCAGUGCAAGAAGAAGAUCGGCAAUACAUAGCACGCAGGCAACGAAGAAAAGAAAAAAGCAAUAGCAAAAAGAGGGCAAUAAAACGCAAUGGCAUCGACUGAGGAAAAUACCACCCCGGCCCACCUUUGGUUCGAAGGCUCAGUAGCGGCUGCUGUUGAAACUGCCAACACCAAGGGCUCGGUGCUCAUGGUCUGUCUUGUCCAAGAUACUACCGAAGGAAGCGAGAGUCAUCAGUUUGAAGGUCGCUUUGCAGAUACCAGCGUUUUAUCGGAGCUGUCAGGACUGAAUCUGGUGCCGCUGCGCCUAAUCAAAGAUUCUGUCGACGGCAUGAUGUUUGGCCAGAUCUUCCCAAUUAUGACUGUGCCGGCUCUCUAUCUCAUCCGUAACGGACUCUUGACAGACUUUAUAAAUAGCACUGUUGAUAAGGAUCAGAUGCUGGACAGGAUCAAAAGGGCAGUGGAUGGACAUUCUCAGAUCCGUCCCCCGCCAAACACUGUGAUUCCUACAGCUUCUGCGGCCGCUGCCGAGGCACCCACUGGAGGUUCAUCGGUGCAGGAGUCAGUAUCGGAGCCUACGUUAGGAACAACAUCGAUCGUCGCCGACAGAACGGGUACUUUGACUGCGUCGACACCGACUUCAUCUCCGCACGUAGCUGCAGCUCCACCAAUGGACGUGCCUUCUGAAGCCCCGGCAGAAGCAAGUCUAUCCAAUUUAUUGUCUAACACGAGCGCGACUGCAGUCGAUCAAGCACAGACGCUAAAGGAACUGAUGAAAGAGCGCAAGCUGAAGCGAGAGAAGGAAGAGAAAGAGGCUGCAAAACAGCGCGAAAUCAAUAGGAGGGCUUCUAGCAAGGCGCUUUCGGAAGCUCAGCGAGAAAUGAGUGACAAGCAGGGCAACAAACUCAAAGAGCAGAUCGAACGGGAGAAGCGAGAGGAGGCAGAGUAUAAGAAAAGAGUCAAGCAGGCACUCGAGGAGGAUAAGGCGCGGCGGAGAGCGCAGAAGGAGAAGGCACAGGCAGCAGCGGCAGCUCAAAGCAGCCCACCGCCUCCAGAGCAGGUUUUGACGCCUGCAGAGAUCCGAGCUCAAAAUGCUGGGCUGACCCUUGCGAGAAACGACUCUGCUCCCGCACUCGCAUAUGAUUCAAGCCGACUGAACAUCCGGCUUUUUGACGGCUCCAGCAUCCGAAACACGUUCAAGGCCACAGAUACGCUCGACCAAGUGCGCGAGUGGAUCAAUCAGCAUCAAGUGGAGGACCAUGGAGCCUAUAAUAUCGUGCAGCUAAUCCCCUUGCGCACAUUCACGGACGAGUCUAAGAUGCUUCGUGAUCUCGAACUCUGCCCAAGCGCUACUCUUGUGUUGAAGAGAACGACUGCUGCAUCCUCAGCAUACGAAGGAUCCGCAGGAGGAGCUGUGCCGACUCUGAUAAACUACGGUUGGUCGGCUCUGAGCUUGGCGGGCAAGGCUGCAUCAUCAGCCUACGCGACGGUUUCGUACUACAACCCCCUGGCGAGUACUGGCGCUUCAAGCAGCAGUACUGCUGACCGCCCCAAUGAACACGGUCGCAACACCUCGGAAUCUGCAAGGUCCAAAAAAAAGGAUACGGAGGUCAACUAUAAUGGAAACUCUACGAACCUGGAAUAAAAAAAUAAAAAUAGCUGGGCCUAUGGGGACCAGUGGAAUAAAGACGUUUCAAGCAGAA